AUCACCUGCUAGAUAAUAUUCAGCACUGCAUCAUGGUCAUGCUGCAUCUUCACACCUGGCUCACUCUAUAAUGUUUACAUUGAGUGGAGAUCACUCAGUGGAUACCCAGUCAACAGUGUCUGCGCAGGGGCAGACAGACCAUUUGGAAACUCGGGCACUGCCCGAGGGCCCGGGGUCAGUAGGGGGCCCCAUGAGAUGCCCCUGGCACCUUUUUCAUAGGCUUUUUUUAUUUUGGGCAAGGACACAGAGGCCCCAUGAUCCCCUAUUGCCCGGGGGCCCCAUG